UCUCCCAGCAGUAUACAUUAAACCAAAUAGAUUUUGCUUCAUCCAUCCAAGAUAUCGAAAUGGGCAUAAAAGUUUCAUCAAAGAUCAAAAGGAUUCUCGCAUCCACAGCUUCGGGUGAUAGUUCAAGUCCCAAAGAUGGUGAUGCUGUGGAUGUCCGAGAAGAAUAUGCAAACGCCUUUCGUACAGAAUCAUACAACCAGUUCUGGUCACGUGUAGUACACUUAAGCCGGAAAAAGUCCAAGGUGUCUUCUUCUUCUUCUUCAUCACCGAUUGAAUCAUCCUCCACAUCAGCUCGUCUCAUGUCAUAUCGCCUCUUCGCACACAAUCUCCUAGACCCGGAUCCGAAUACCAUAACCCGGAUACUGGAUGCAUCCCGGGUCGGACGAACCGCACGAACCCUUCUCUCUGAUUACUUCUUGGAGACGGCAAACGCUUUCUUGCUUUGCACGCUGCUACUUAAAAACAUUCAUCGUCUUCGUUCUAAAUACGAAUCUUUGAAACCCAAAUUUCAACCAGAGAAUCAUAGUUCAUUGGCUCUUAUAGACCAAUUCACGGAGCUAUCAAGAUGGUUCGACCCGUUUAUCUCGUCCGGUUCUCGGAUCCAGCUAAUCAGAUGCGGCUGUUUAGACUUGCUAAAACGGUUAGAGUCCAGCCGAGACAAGACACGAUCUAAACUCAAACUCAUUAACGGACUAACACACAGCUCAGGGCUUCUCGUUCUGGCUCUAACAACUACAUUGAUUGUAACCAUAGCCUCUCACGCCUUUGCUUUGUUUAUAGCCGGUCCGACUCUUUUAACCGGUAGAUUCAAACCAGCCGGUCUAAGAAACAAGCUAACAAAAACCACAGCUCGGCUCGACGUGGCUGCUAAAGGAACUUACAUCUUAAGCCGUGAUAUAGACACGAUAAGCAGACUAGUGACAAGGAUUAACGACGAAGUGGACCAUGUUCGAGCAAUGGCUGAGUUUUGGGUAGGGAGAGGAGGGUCGGGUCGGGUACGAGGGAGUGAAGAAGUGGCUCGAGAGUUAAAGAGAUGUGAAGAAAGCUUCAGUGAAGAACUUGAUGAACUUGAAGAACAUAUCUACUUGUGUUUCAUGACUAUCAAUCGUGCAAGAAAUCUUGUUGUUAACGAGAUUUUGGAUUCCAAUGAUCCACCACCUUGUUCUUUCGCUCCCAUAUCCAAAACAAAAUUGUAGUCUUUUUUUCUUGUCAAUUAUUAUCAUUAUUAUUAUUA